AUGCCCAAUCCUGUAAUAUUCAUAGACGAUCCAAUAGCAAAAGACUACUCUCCAUUAAUUGAAAAGGUCUUGUCAAUAGUCAAUGGUGUUGAUAGAUUAGAUGUUGUUAUUCAGCAGGAGAUUACAAAUGUCACUCAUCUAAAUGAGAUCCUAUACUAUUAUUACAAUCAUGUGAGGACUAAAAUUGAGGGAUUACCCUUGUUUGACUAUACUUUCUCAAUAAACAUUAUAUUCAACAUAUCGCAUACAAAGUUGCUUGAAUUGUCAUCACAGUGGAAUCAUGCCUUUAUUGCCCAACAAGAACAAGAGAUAUUCACAAACAUUCCUCUAGCUCAUACGGCAAUCGAAGCCGAAUUAGCCCCCUCAAACUAUCCGUCUAAAUGCAACAAAGUCAUCAAGCAGUUUCAUACUACUGCUGUCGGUGGCACGUUUGACCAUUUGCACGAUGGACACAAGAUUCUUUUAUCAAUGGCAUAUUUCCUCACGUCAAAGCGUUUGAUUAUUGGAAUCACGGGUCUGGAAUUGUUAAAGAAUAAGAAAUUUAGUGAAGUACUUGAAUCAUUUAGUCAACGGCAAAACUCCGUGGUGCAAUUUCUCAAUUUGAUCAUGGAUGAAGUAGUCCAUUAUGAGAUUUUCCAAAUCAACGAUAUUUGUGGACCAACGGGGUACAUUAGAGACAUCGAUGGGUUGGUCAUUAGCCAUGAAACUAUAUCCGGUGGUGAAUUUGUCAACAAGUAUCGUCGCGAGCAUGGGUUUAGGGAAUUAGAUUUGACGGCAAUAAAAGUCAUUGGUGAUGCGGAAUCGAAUGCUGAGAAUGCGUGGAAGGGCAAGAUCAGUUCGACUGAUAUACGUAAACGAGAAAUGGGGAGACGGAAGAUGCAGAGCCUGAAUUAA